AUGAAUUUUGUUGACCCAGAAAUAUCAGCUUACACGCAAACAAUCGAAAGUACCUGGCGGAACGCCAAAAUGAAGAAUAAAUCAAUGUUCGGUACUCCUUGCAACAUGCUAGACUUAUUUGUGAAAAUUUCUUUGGAGACAUUCUCUUUAUUCUUCCAUUCUCCGCCUGGUUCUCCUCGUUCCAAAAACUACCUCGCUCUCUCUCCUCGUUCCAAAAACUACCUCUCUCUCUCCGUUCCAAAAACUACCUCUCUCUCUCCGUUCCAAAAACUACCUCUCUCUCCGUUCCAAAAACCACCUCUCUCUCUCUCUCUCCGUUCCAAAAACUACCUCUCUCUCUCCUCGUUCCAAAAACUACCUCUCUCUCUCUCUCUCCUCGUUCCAAAAACUACCUCUCUCUCUCUCUCCGUUCCAAAAACUACCUCUCUCUCUCUCUCCGUUCCAAAAACUACCUCUCUCUCUCUCUCCUCGUUCCAAAAACUACCUCACAUUCUCUCUCAUAUCGUUCCAAAAACUACCGCGCGCUCUCAUCGUUCCAGAAACAAGCUUGCUCUCUCCCCUCAUUCUCCUCUUCCAGAAACUAACUCACUCUCUAUGUCUCAUUCUCCUCUUCCUUUCUAG